UCAUCGGGACUGUCCAGUGCGCGGAAGGGCCGUAUAAUCCCCGAGAGCGCAGCUAAUUGACGACCGCAAGGAUGAUUGCAACCACGCAACAAAACAUGACAACGGAUCUGGACCUGGGGGGCUCAGGGGGACCACCACGGAACUGGAAGGGAAUUGGCAUCGCCAUGGUGGUCAUCCUGGGAGUCAUGUCUCUGGUCCUCCUCGCUGUGGUCCUUCUCACCCCUGAUGAGUCUCACCUCUUCCUGCAGUCCCCCCUCACAGUGGAGGACAUUGAGAGCCGUGGGUUCAAAGUUCAUGACCCCUGCGUGAGCUGGCUGAACGAGAACGAGGUGGUUCUGCGAACCAGGGAGGGUCAGGUGUUGACCUACGGCCUGCAGUCCAACCUCACAUCCACCCUACUGGACAACAGCACGCUUAAUCCUGAAGGAAUGAAGUUCAAUGUGUCUGCAGAUAAGAGGUUCAUUCUGCUGGCAUAUAACAUCCGUCCGGUGUUCUCUCAGUCCUUCACUGCCAGCUAUGCCAUCCACACUGUGGCCAGUGGGGACGUCGCAGAGCUCACGCCACCAGAUGAAGAGACGGCUGUGCUUCAGUAUGCGGAGUGGGGGCCGCAGGGGAGCCAGCUGGUCUAUGUCUUUGACAAUGACAUCUACUACCAACCAGAUGUGUCCAGUCAACCAAUGCGCCUCACCUCAACUGGCAAGGAGGGCCUCGUGGUCAAUGGUGUGACCGACUGGACCUAUGAAGAGGAGGUUUUGCUGUCGUAUAAGGCUCUCUGGUGGUCGGUAGAUGGUGCACGUCUGGCGUACCUCACAAUCAACAACUCUGCCACACCUCUAAUGGAGAUCCCUCACUUUCUGGGUGGAAUAUAUCCUUCCAAUAUAUUAUACCCAUACCCUAAGGCAGGCUCUCACAUCUCCUCAGUCAGGCUCUUUGUGGUGAAUCUCUAUGGGCCUGCUCACACAGUGGAGAUGAUCCCUCCAGAUUCUCAGCGGGCCAGAGACAGCUACAUCUCCAUGGUCAGCUGGAUUAGUAGCACUCAGCUAGCUGUGCGCUGGCUGAAUCGGGUCCAGAACCAAUCAGUGCUCUCCGUUUGUGAGGCGACUACUGGGGCCUGCUCUGAGAAAAACAAAAUGGCCGUGGACUUCUGGCAGACUCAACAGCAGGAGGUGCCGUUGUUCUCAGCAGAUGGCUCUGUGUUUUACCUGACACUUCCUGCCAAGCAGGGAGCCCGUGGGGAGUUCCGCCACAUUGCAAGCCUAUCCUCUCAGCCUGCUCUCUCAUCUGUUUCCCCUCGCUUCCUGACAUCGGGCAACUGGGAUGUCACCUCUCUCUGCGCGCUGGACGAGGAAGCUGGGAAAAUUUACUUCCUGAGCACGGAGGAAUCCAGACAGAGCCGACACUUACACAGUGCGGAGUUAGGAGGCGUUUUCCUGAGGCAAUGCCUGACCUGUGGCCUCGUAGACGACUGUAACUUCUUCCGAGUCCAGUUCAGUCCUAAUCUCACCUACUUCAUCCUCCACUGCUUGGGGCCUGGAGUGCCUAAGGUGACUGCUCAUGGCACAAAUGACCCCUCCAGAUACACAGUCCUGGAGGACAAUGCACCACUGGCUAUUGCUCUCGGAGCCAAGCGUCUUCCUGAAACCCUGUACCAGACGCUUUCAUCUGACAACUACGAUUUGCACAUCAAGCUCUCCUUGCCCAGAGGCUACGAGGCAGACCUGCUCCCUCUCCUGGUUAUUGUUGACGGUAGUCCAGGCAGUCAGCUGGUGACGGAAGAGUUCUCUCUGGACUGGCCGCAGGUGCUGUCCAGUUCCCACAGCAUGGCCCUGGCCUGGGUGGACGGCAGGAGUAGGGGGGCCAGAGGGCAGAAGGCAGGGGGCCUGCUGGACGCUCGCAAACCCGGGCCACUCAGGAUCAAGGACCAGCUCGGAGUGGUGGAGUGGUUGAUGCGGUUGCCUUAUAUUGAUAGCAGAAGAGUGGCUCUUUAUGGAAAGGCUUUUGGAGGCUAUCUGACCCUGAAAAUGCUGGCUGGCACCAAUCAACUCUUCAAGUGUGGGGUCGCUGUGGCCCCCAUUACGGACUUCAAACUCUAUAGUGCUGCUUUUUCAGAGCGGUAUCUAGGGCUCCCUGAUAAGGAGGACCAUGCUUAUGUGGCAGCCUCACUCUUAGAGGAUUCCACCAAAUUAAAAAACGAGCAGCUUCUUCUACUGCAUGGAACAGCAGAUGCCCGAGUCCACUUCCAGCACAGCGCUGAGCUGUUGAGCCGGCUGGUGAAGGUGGAGGGCAACUACUCCCUUCAGCUGUACCCUGAUGAGGGCCACACACUGCGGGAGGCCCGCAGCCUCCAGCACCAGAGCCGCACGCUCGUCCACUACUUGCACAACUGCCUCAAGCCCGACCCGACCCACAACUAUGAGGAGGAGGACGAGGAUGAGGAGGAAGACUGACUGAGUGCCAACGCCCCCCUUUAACCCUCUCCUAAUCCCCCUGCCCAAAACCCCCAGAGAGACUAAGUCAGGGCAGGCCACGUCCCUCAAAAGCUGCCACCAUCUUACUGGAGGCGAAGGGUGAACUACUUAACUGGACCUCCUCUGGGACAGGAUGCAGUGAUCAUGAGCCGGUCACCUCACUGGGGGGUGCCAUUUCACUCAUUUGUGUGUGUGUGUGUGUGUGUGUGUGUGUGUGUGUGUGUGUGUGUGUGUGUAUGUGUGUGUGUGUGUGUGUGUGUGUGUUUGUAUUUAUGCUUGUGUGUGUGCGUGUGCGUAUGCGUGUGCAUGUGUGAAUGUGAAUGGAAAAGAAAAAGGCCCAGGUCUUGUUAAAGUGGUCUUCCACAUAAGCACACAUGUAUGGGUAUGCAUGACCACAAUGGCUGCAUGAAAUAGGAAACCCCAUAGCAUAAUGCUGUCUGUUCCAAUACAUCCAAGAGGUUCAGAUUGGACAUAGUUUAUUAAUACUGUAUGUCUACGUGAUUUCUUAUCAAAUCUGUAUGAACUCCCCUCUAGGUUAGUACCAGCACCAGCAUAAGUUAUUUUACUGUGAACAUCCAAAAUAAGCACUUCCUCCAGCGUUUUUCAUAACAACCAGAACAUGUUGGAACUGUAUGGGCUAUUAUGAAGUAGCCUACUAAAGCUAGUCACCAAGUCCCAUACGUAUCAGUCAGUUGGUAUGAAUCAUUCAUGCCGUCCAAGAGUCAUUAAAGGGUUUUACUCUUGCCAUUCAAGCCAUUUCUUUUGUGCAUAUAAUUUAUAUGAUCUGAAACAAAAUGUGCCAAGCAUAAAUGACCAAAUAUUUCACUAAUAGUGGUAUUUCUCAACUAUGCGAGCUUAAUGACCUUGUUUCUCCAUCUCUAUCAUUUUCUGGGAUAUUAACAUGUAGUGUAGUCCUAAUCAAUAUUAACAAUGGCUACCAAUGUAUUUGAUUGCUCAGAGAACUUCCAGGCUAACCGCAUGUCUAUUGGUAAAAAUGUGCUGCCUUUGGUACUGUAAAUUAUUGUAAUACCGGUAAUAUUACACAAAUAAGCAAUUAAAACAUACUGGCAGUGAAUUGAUAAAUAUAGGCUAAUGAUAUGGCUAUCAGCAAUAGCCCACAGAUUUGUCAAAAAUUAACCCAUUAUCAAGCAAGCAAGCAAUCAAUCAAUCUGUUAAAGAAAAGCAUAGUGGUGUCUUCCAGUGAGCAGUGAUGUUUGUCAAACAACUCUCCACAGCAAAUGAGCACGACUAGCCUAUGUGAGGGGACUCUUAUCAUCGAACAUUUCCUACCAUAGCGUAGCCCUAUGCUAACAACAAUACAACUCACACCUAUACAGUAGGCCUACCUUGAUGUGUUUCUAUGUGUAUUGCUACAGUGAUUUUGGUAAAGUCGUGAAAAAAAUAGAGAAUUGUGACGCACCCAAUGAAGACUACAGUAGGCUAUGUACUUAAGAAUGCACUGUAGGUCCAAGAGGCUUCUCAGAACCCUGUGAACAUCCAGCCAGACCUAAGACAAAAUGGUGGACUGCAUGUAGUCUUUUUUAACCUACUGAAUGCCCCAGAGCCUUGGUGUUAUUUUGUUGUUGUAUUUUUCUUGUCUUAUAGUUUCUUAUAUGAUUUUUGAAUAAACUACUGAGUCUAUAUGUUU